GCGCACUGCGCGUCCCGGCCUGUCAGGAGCAGGCAGAUGGAAACGUAGGCAAGUGAAUUUGGUGAGGUCAUGUAUUUUUAAGCCGCACAACGGAAUAAAUCAUCCAUAACCGGUGGCAUAAACAAAUAUUCCGCUGCUCCGUGACGUUUCACCGCCGAUCGGACCGCGGGGGGAUCGAUACUUUGAUUUAACGGCAGAGGUAAGAUGAGGAUUCGCACCUCUUCUCCUCAGACGUGCUUAUUGUUUGGCCGUGGGGGGAGGGUCGAAGCGGCUGUGUGCAUGCUGCCUCCCCGCCGUGGUUGUUCUUAAUCUAACUGUGUUUUAGCUUCACUUUCUCACCGUAAAUCCUCCUUUUAGACCGUCGCUACACUCGGUGGAGUCCAUUAUUACGCAGCGGUGCAGCGUGUGUGGCGUACUCUGCCUCACGAACGGGCCUCGUCAUGGUUACGAUAUGGCUGUCUGUCAUUAUCGCCGCUUCGAUAAUGUCUUCCAGGGCCACGUCCGGCUUUUUCAGGCUUCCCUGCGUGUUAGCGAGCGCCGAUCUUUUGUGUCUGCACAGCCAUUCACCUGCCAGCUAACCUCCAAUCCAUUCAACCGGACAAGACGACGAGGAGAGGAGGGGGUGGGGGGUGGAGUGGAGUGGGGGGUGUAUAUGGUGGGGGGGUCGUGUGUCCAAGGUUAACACGCUGACAUCCAAUGAAAAUAAAUAACGUGCCGAUCGAUAGGGCUCCUCUAUCUGUGCCUGGAAGGUGUAGCGAGCAUUUCUGCUUCUGUGUCUUUUCACGCCCUGCUGACAGUUUGCAGGGGAGGGGAAGGAAGGAAGGCUGUGUUAGAUUUGGGUUGGGUAGUGAGCGGCACAUACAUGAGGAUAAUAUGAGAGAGACGGUGUCAUCACACUAGGAAGGAGGCUUUUAGGUGGUGCGUAUGAGACUGGAUAUUAUUUUACAUUUUUGGAGGAUUAUUCCCUCUUAAUUCACGUAAGGGGUGUGUGUUGCUAGAUUUUAUUGUUCUAUCUUAUUCUGUAUCAUGUAAAGAAACCUACAUGGUAUCAGAAAAUCUUAUUUUGUUCAGGAAUUUGUGUUAAUUUCACCACGAGACUCUUAAUUUAACAGUUUUCAUGUCAUGUUAGGAGAGAAAUCUGCCUUAGCUUUGAGUUGGUGCAGAGCAGCAUUCAGGAAAAUAAUACAACACAGGAGAUAUUUCACUAUUAAGGUCAUUGAGAUAAAUAACAUUCGUGUGUAUGUGUUGUUAAUGCAGAUGGAGGAUAGUAAGAUGUGUUUUUUUGGAAAAUAGUAGUGAUUAUAGUGUGCUGUAGUGGUUUUAAUUGUGUUAUUGUGAAAAAGGCUGCAUUAUAUCAUCAUAUUUGGCUUUUAAAUGCAGUUUAUAUCUUUAAAAUUUAACCAUUUCUUUGUUUUAUGUAUGUUUUCUACCACUGUGCCUGCGAAGUUAGCAUUUGAUGUAAAGCAAUGUACAAGUUUGUGUCUUUUCCAGUUAUUUUCACUUCUGCUGCAAUGAUUGCAUAUAAAUCUGGAGCUCAUACAGUAUGAUAGAAAUAAACUUCUGAUUUAUUUAUGAUGUAAGAUAUAAUUUAAGUUUAUAUUACAGUUUAUCAUGGUAUAGACAAGGCAGCUACAUCAUAUCAUAUAAUAAUACACUACUGUGUAAGACUUAAUGUUAUUUAUUGUGUAAUAUAAGCCUGACCACCAGUCUAUUAUGUAUGGCUUGAGGAAAAUGCUGUUUCAGCUUUGGAUUGGAUUUGCAGCAUAAUUUAUGAGACUUACAUGUGAGAGAGGGUAUUUCAGACAGGAAGUGGAUUAUGAGAAAUUCAUAUAUUGCAUACAACUUGUGUUUUGCCAUCUUUUGAUAAUAAUGUUUAUAAAUGAGGUAGUUUUCUAUCAAUAGGGAGAGAAUGGCAAUUUAUUCAUGCUGUAUUUUUGCAGUAGUUUUUAUGCUAGUUAAUGAUGUGAUAUGGUGAAUCAUAGACAAAGAAGCUGCAUCAUAUUAUAUUAAAGUAUCUGGUGUUAAAGGCAAAAAUAAUCAUUAACUGGUUCAGGGUUACUGUUCAAAAUUCUUGCAUUAGUACGUAGAGUUUAUGUAUUAAUAUGGAUAUUUGACGGUACUCCUAUGAUUGUGUAAUAUGACUCCAUCAUUAUGAUAGUGAUAUAUCAAACCAUACUAUGUGUAUGUGUUACGGCCCAGAUAAGGUUAAACUAAACUAAAUCUGCUCUGUGUCGAAACUAUAUUAGUGUGCAUGGCGCCUCUCAACCAAGUAGUAAUCAUUUUAAAUCAAUGUGAUAAUAAUGUUUGUAUUAUUUUUAGCAGAGUAUGCAUUAUCCCUUAUUACCAGGAUGUAAUUGUCCUAUAAGUAAUGGCCUUGGAAGCCUCUCAUUAAAUCUUUAGGCUGAAGCAGCUUGUUUGGAGACGUCAGGGUGAGUCCGUGCGAUAUAGGAGUAACCUUCCUGCUGAGUUUCUGCUCCUAUACAGGACACACCAAGCCCCUAAAUGUAUUACAGCUCCCUGCAUUCGAAUCCAUCCAGGAGGUCCAGACCUCUGGGGUGCAGCUUGUGGCUGCUGCAUGGCUUGUAAAUACGGCAACGGACACAUAACUGCGUUUUAAUGGUGAAUAAUUGAUUUCAGAGGAAUGCAGCUUCAGUACUAGUUAUUACCCAGCAGGGACGGUAACGUCUUCACUGUGUGACUUGAAGAUAUCAAGCAGCUAAUCGGGCUGUGAUUCUGCCUCUGCGCUGACCCUGACCUCAUUAUCUCCUCAUGGGCAGACAUUAUUGCAAAAUAAUGACCCUGUAGCAAAGCUGUAGAUAGUUGUAUAACAAACGUAACUACAACAGGCAGAAACGCACAAUGACUGCAGCCCAUUCAAGCGUAGUUAACUCAUCCUAGCUUAAUGGUCUUUCUGUCUGACAUAUAAAAAGAAGCAACAUGUCUAUUUUCAUGUUGUGAGGGAGGCGGACGUUACGGCGUCUUUGUGACGUUGGAGGAACAGAAGGAGAGCUGACUCAUUUUAUCUGGCAAUUACAUCCCUCAUAUGGACUCUGUGUGUCGGGGUGACUGAAGAGCGGGGAGGGCGAUCGCAUCCCUUACAUAAGCCCUGAAGAAAAGGAAAAGGAAGUCCGAGCUUUCUCCUUUUUUAGAUUCCUGCUUGUUUUUGUUUGGAUGAAAAAUGAAACAUGCUCAGGAACAUCCAGCCAAACAAACUGGCAUCUCGGUGUUGCAUCUUAUCUGGGCUGACAGCCUCCCGGUGCAACUCGACCCAGUUAACAUGUGCCUGUGGAAGACCUGCCUGCAGGACUGGGCUGGGGUCCAGACACACAGGAAUUAGCAGUGGGUUUGGUUUUCCAGUGUGACAGAGUCUCUGUGAGAGUCGUGUUUCAUAUGAUGGAGUAGAUCUUCCCCGUUGCCUGCUGUUUCUGCCACUGCUGCUGCUGAUAUCAAAUCUUCCAUCCUGGUGCGUUUGCUGACUUGCUGAGAUAAGGAGCCGCAGUGCUUGCCUCAAGUGUGAAAUUCAGCGCCGUCCUUUCUCUUCCUCUCUCCUAAUCUGCUGCCUCCGGAGCGGGGAUUUUCAUCUGAAUUUAUUUAUUUAUUUGCCUCUCUUCUCUGCGGCUGUUACGGUGUUGUUGAGUGUUAAAUCUGUGCCUGUCUUUGUUUGCACAGAGAACAUUUUUGGAUGCACAGAGAGCAGUGAUUGAAGAUUUCACCAUGAACAAAAACAAGAGAGAAAAGGAGUUCUACAGCCUGGAUGUUGGGGAUUCAACGUUCACAGUCCUAAAGCGAUACCAGAAUUUGAGACCUAUCGGCUCGGGAGCACAGGGAAUCGUCUGGUGAGUGUUUAAAACCUCAUUCAUACUCGGGUCAGUGGCUCCUCACUUGGAUUCAGUCCGCUGUGUCAUUUCAGAAAUAAGAAAAAAUCGCCUUAAAGUUGAAAACCUUUUGCCGAUUUAAUGGUUGUUGAUGAUUUUGCCGCAUGUUUUCUCUCCUCAGCUCGGCUUACGAUCAAAUCCUUGAAAGAAAUGUUGCCAUCAAGAAGCUGAGUCGGCCGUUUCAGAAUCAAACCCAUGCCAAGAGAGCAUUCAGAGAGCUAGUCCUAAUGAAAUGUGUCAAUCACAAAAAUGUAAGUAUGCAGAAAUAUUCAGUCACAUACCAGUGAGAACUGUUGUAUUUUAAAAGGUUUCAUGGUGUUUGGAUACUGGGACCAGUAUCCUGCUUAUAUUGAUGUUGUUUUUCUGACCCUUCACAGAUCAUUGGCCUAUUAAAUGUUUUCACGCCACAGAAAUCAUUAGAAGAAUUCCAGGACGUGUAAGUAACUAGAUCUGGAGUUUAAAUGUGUUACGUGUUAAUCAGAAAAUACCUCCCUGCUUUAAAUGCUUCUUACUCAUUUGCGUGAACUGAUUCCCACAUCGUCAGAUACCUUGUGAUGGAGCUGAUGGACGCUAACCUGUGCCAGGUCAUUCAGAUGGAGUUGGACCAUGAGAGGCUGUCCUAUCUGCUCUAUCAGAUGUUGUGUGGUAUCAAACACCUCCAUGCAGCCGGCAUCAUCCACAGGGUAAGACUCAGACUGAAGCCAGACCACUUACACUAAAAGGAGGUGUGAAACCUGCUGUGGUACUUGACACUUUAAUGCGAGGGCAAACGGUCAGGGUGUACACUAUUAGAUGAUCAAGUAAGUCCUUCAAAGUCAAGGGGAGUUUUUUAAGAUGCUGUGAUACCAGUAUCAGAAAUUCCCCUCUUAGACCCAGGAUGCAGUUUCAGGAAUCUGCAAGUAUGACAGUCAAUACCUCCAUCUGAUACCGCCGUUUUAGCCCAAUAUAGAAGGUGGUUUGUUUCUGGUAAAUAAUCAUGUCUCAUUUCAAUCAGUACAUGUAAUUCAAGCUACAGCAGGAAAAAAAAGAGCAGUGAGAACUUUUGCGCUUAAAAUACGAUGAAUUUAUUCUCUCAGAUUAUCCAAAUUGCUGAUUCAAGCUAACCCUGGUCCUCCUAACAAGAGGCAAAGAGGCAGAGCUGAGGUUGGCCUUAAACCCCCUAGCAUACAGCUACAACAUGCUUGCCUGUCAGUCAGCUUAACCGCACCCAGAUUAUGCAAAACUAUCCAGAAGUUUUGGCUGAAAUAUCUUACCUAAAAAUAUAUAUAUACAUAUAUAUUUACAUAUUUAAACUCCCACACAGUUUGAGCGCAAGGAGAAAUAGUCUAUUAAGACAGAAACUGUUUUUGUACCAGGUUGUAAACAUGUUAAAUUCUGCUGUAAAGUUGGGCUUUUUAACAUGGGUUCUUAUGGGGUCUUCUGGGUUUUGGAGCCAGCCUCAAGUGGACACUUUUGGAACUGCGGUUUUAAGCGCCUCUUCAUCGGCCCCAAAUCUUGCUGCCAGGUGCCUGAUUAGAAUUGGAUAACACAAAGUAACAUCAAGAAAGAAGAGAAGGAUUCUUUUUUUAAUUUGAAUGCCGUUAUAAAUCAUUUCUUUUGAUUAAAAUAGAUGCCAGACAAAGUCCUGUUAAGGGAAUUGAAUCUUCAUUAAAAAAUGCAGCUCAUUAGAAAGAAGAAACACUCAAUCUCCUUAAAAAACAAAUCAAUAUCCCAAAGUGCCACAGCUGAAUUUAUCUCCAAACUGCAGUCCCGAAACACAUUCCCCACGAGCAAGCAAAUCACCCCAGUAAGCAGUUCUCACAGCAGGGAAAUGUUACGUAGACAGAAAGAGUAAUCUUGAGAAAUUGGUGCAGCAGGAGGUGAAACCUGCAGGCGAUCAGCUGGACUUCCACUGAGAUGGAUGGUGUGUUUUGUCAUAUGAAUCAUCAAAACAAAGUUAAAACAACAUCCCGAAAAAGUAAUGAAUUAUGCAGAGUUUGAAAAUGGCUGCAGGUGGAGAUGUAAAGUGAGGUUUGUUUAGACCCAGAAUUGUGUUUUCCUUAUUUUCCUCCUUGAAUCAGCACAUCGUCUACCUCUGCAGUCAAACCAGCUCAUCUGCACCCACUAAUCCACAGAGUCGACGCUUUUUCCUCCACAAAAUUAACAUAAAUUAAUGACUUUUUGGUGUUUGUUUCUCUAUAGGAUCUCAAGCCCAGUAACAUAGUCGUCAAGUCAGACUGCACACUGAAGAUUCUGGACUUUGGCCUGGCUCGGACGGCUGCCACAGGCCUCCUCAUGACACCAUAUGUGGUUACACGCUACUACAGGGCGCCAGAGGUGAUCCUGGGCAUGGGCUACCAGGCCAAUGGUUAGUCAUUAUCUAUGCACUGUAAAAUGAUUGUAAACAGACUCUUGUCCAAUCAUAUUGAGCCAUUUUAUAAUAACAUUUAUGUAAUCUCUUUUGACUCAUGCAUGGACCUGAAGAUUAAUCUUGCUGUUAAUAACUCCACGUGCAAAAUGCUGCUUCUGUUCACUUUGGGGAUAAAUGUUCUUAAGAUCACUCUCUAACUAACUAACUAACCUGCUUAACUAACCUGACGUUGUGCCUUCCUUUCACCUCUUACCGGCUUUGUUUACCGUGUUCCACUUUACCAGUGGACAUAUGGUCUGUGGGCUGCAUACUGGCGGAAAUGGUUCGCCAUAAAAUCCUCUUCCCGGGAAGGGACUGUAUCCUUGGGUCUUCUAAACGCUUGUUCUCACUUUUCAAAUUAACAUCUCUGUAAAGGGCUUUUUGCUGUCGCUGUCAAACGAUUAAGGGUAUUUAUCAUAUUCACUCAGCAGUGAUCGCUCAGGAUGGAAAGCUAAUAUGCUGUCGGAGCGUCAUAUAGUUUUUAUAAAUGUAGCAUACCUGACAAAUGUGAACUUUUCCCUUUCCUAUUGUGUCUUAUAAAUGAUUAAACCCUCAUAUUCACCCUUUCUAUCUAUCCAUUAUAGUCUUAAAUAUGUUCUCCGUAGAUGAACCUUAUCUAAUAGGUUAUAAAAAAUGUUAAAUCAAUAAAGCAAGAACAGGUUUGAGCUUUUCAUCUCCUUUUCAGUAGCUGAUCAACCUUAUGUAAGAGUCACAUCACAGUAUAAAUAUGAGGGAACUGUGCAGAACUCAAGGGCAUGUAUUUCUUCUGCUCUGUGGCACUCUGUAAUUUUAACAUUUCUUCCUCUAACACUUUCUAACCGGAUUACACCUCCUGUCAUUCACUCAAAUUGCUGUGAGCGGCCGGUUUGACAUCCAGAGGUAGCGCCACUAUAACCCAUGUAUAUAUAUGACUAACAGGCUAAAACACAGCAGAAGGACUUUAUAACACUAUUAAAGCUUCCCACUCUGAUGUCAGAUGAAAAGGCUGCUCUGUGAAUAUAGGGGAAAUUGUUAAUAUAGCUCAGUGUAACAUUGAAGCUUUUUAGCACUCAUGGGCUGUAAAUGUUCAUCAACAUGUCAGUUUUCAUUUGAAUCCGUCCAACACUGCAUCACUCUCCCUCCUCUCUCUCUCUUUCUCCCUCUCUCAUCCCGCUGAUGCUGCACGUUCUCCAUUUUCAUCCCCACUCAUCAUCACACCGCUGCCGUUCUGUCUGCAUUUCCUCUCACUUUUUUUGUGCUUAUUUUUUCUCGCCAUUUUGUUUGCAUGUCCACCCCCCUGUCAUCUGAACGUCCACCUCCAGUGGAUGUAUGGUCAGUGGGCUGCAUUGUGGCCGAGAUGAUCAGGGGAAGUGUGUUGUUCCCCGGCACUGAUCGUAUCCUUCCCUGUCAUUGAUUGAUCACUGUGUCAUCACUUCAUUCUGUGUGAAGAGAUCCAGCACCAUCCCGAGAGUUUCCCCGCGUCACUUUGCCAUCCAUUUUCCAAUUUUCCACAUGACAAACAUGACCUCAAUCAUCGCUCUGCUGCACCCACCUGUUGCAGGAGGAAAGUCAUUACAUAGGAGUUUAGUUUGGUGCCAACGUAUUGAUUUUUCUCGAUGUCAUGCCACUACCAGAAAAAAUAUUCUUUAUUUGGGCGUCAAAAUAAGCAAUCAAACAACUUUUAAAAAACUCAGAUGUGUCCUAAAGCUUUCAGGUGAUUGUGUAUCCAACAGAUAUCAACUUUUGGACCGUUAAAGUUGGUAUUCAGACCUCAAGAGACUGUCUUAGUCAAUCGAAACUCCUGAAACCCGGAAACUCUAAGGGAGAUCAAUACAAGGCACUGAAUUAGCUGAAGACUAAAGCAGUUAUUGGCUGCAUCUCUAUAGAUAUUUAUAUCUAAACUGCAAAAACUUCAAUGUCAGCAAAUGUGUUUGUCUUAAUUUCUAGUUACAUUUUACAUUUAAUAAGAGUCACAUUACCCGACAGAUCCAGAGAUAAAUGUCAUUUCAGGAUAUUGAAAGACAAAAAUUAGUCCUGGUUUGUUAUGUUCAUGAAUUAAUUAAUUUUUUCUCUUAAAAAAUAGGGUAACACUUUCUUUUACGGUACACUUAUUACCAGGUAAUUAACAGGUAAUUACCUAGUAACAAAAUGAAAUUAUCUGGUAAUUACAUGAUAACUACUAAGUAAAUACUGUCUUGUUUUUCUUUUUUCUGUGCAGCUCCAUUUUCAAAAGCUAUUUGGGGUUCUUAUUUUCUAUGAUUGACACUCGUUACAGCCUAUGGGCGUGCAAAGAUUGCGUAGCGAUACGCUGUUUGAGCCGAGCAUUAUCACAGCGACUCACCCGCGGAAUUCGUACAAUGCUACUGCGCCAGUGGUGGUUCCAGGUGGAAGGUUACUUACCUGGUAGCUAGACAGUAUUGACUUAGUAGUUAUCAUGUAAUUACCAGAUAAUUUCAUGUUGUUACUAGGUAAUUACCUAUUAAUUACCUGGUAAUAAGUGUACCGUAAAAGAAAGCGUUACCAAAAAUUGUUCAUGUUAUAUCAAGACAGGAUUCCUACGCAAGUAUGAAAAUAAAUUUGAUCACUUUCCAGGUCUUAAAAAGUGCGGAAAAUAAUAAAUAAAGUAUGGGAAAAUAUUUGUGUUAGGGUAUGGAAAAGUAUAGAACAUCCAACUGUGUAGGAACCCUGUUUUGUUAAAUGUGGAGCCUUUUAUUUAAAAAAUCCCACCCUGCCGACUUUUGACACUCAGAUUCAUUAUUUAUAGUGAAUAUUUUAUAUAGAAAUAGUAAAAACAGAUCUGUUUCAUCAGCUGUCACCUCCCCCUUCUCUCUGGUUUCCUGCAUUUAAGAGUACGAUAUAAAAACUGUCAAACUUAUCACUGAUGGUUUAGGAAAUCCUGAAACAGUCUAAAUAUGAAUGUCGGUCUGUUUUUCCUCGUAGGAGCUUUAAAAAGACACUUUGCUCGCUGCAUUAGCAGAUGUUUGAAAUGGCUUGUUAAGAUUUUUUCUGGACAUGUGUGACUCAGUCGGUGUAAUGAGAUAUUUGGUGAAAAUCAAGCAACUUGCUUUGCACUGUACAAAUGUGUAAAUGUGUGUGUAUUUAGAGCUGAGGAUGUGUGUACCUGAACGGAUAAAUGUCACUCUGACCCGAUGAUGGACAGUGUGGAGGUGAAAAGUGUUUGUGUACGUGUGGCCUGUUUUUCUUAACAUCAACACCUCAGACAUCGACCAGUGGAACAAGGUUAUUGAGCAGCUAGGCACUCCAUCUCAGGAUUUCCUCAUGAAGCUGAACCAGUCGGUAAGAACGUACGUAGAAAACAGGCCACGCUACGCAGGAUACAGCUUUGAAAAACUCUUCCCAGACGUGUUGUUUCCAGCCGACUCCGAGCACAGCAAACUUAAAGGUAGACUUUUUCUGUUUUAAUAUCACAUCCAUGAAUCAUUUUGAGUCUUUUUACCAAAACAAAACUGCAGACUAAUGAUGAAUAGCACAGCAGCAUCUUAUCUUGUUUUUGUGUCCCCUCAGCAAGCCAAGCCCGAGAUCUCCUGUCCAAGAUGUUGGUGAUUGAUGCCUCAAAGCGCAUCUCUGUGGACGAGGCUCUGCAGCAUCCUUAUAUUAAUGUUUGGUACGACCCGGCUGAAGUAGAGGCGGUAAGUGGAUCGCUGAUAGGAGUGCAUGAUCCUUAAAUGGCUUUUAUGAGAUUUUAACUUCUCAAGCUUAAGUGGAAAGUUGGCUUUGCCCUAAAAGCACCCGUGCACCAUAUUAUGCACCUUUUUGUCUUUCUUAGCCUCCUCCGAAGAUCCUCGACAAACAGCUGGAUGAGCGAGAGCAUACCGUGGAGGAGUGGAAAGGUCAGAAAGCAUAUCAUGAUUCCUGCGAUUGUGAUUCCUGUUAUUUACCCUUAAGCUCCUGAGGUCACCACAGGUCUUAUUAAAGUUCCUCUGUGGAGUUUUUAACUGUUUAAAAGGAUAAACUACUGAUUUUUUUGAGUAAAAUAUGAAGACUCGGUCAGUCAGCAUUAACUGAGUUCAAAUGUCCGACUCUCUGUUUUGGUGCCUCAUUGUCGUGGGACGCUUGAAUAGCUGUGUUAUUAACAUCUUGCUGCUUUUUUCCACUUAAAUACAGGAAAUCUGUCAGAUUAUUAUUAUUUCACAGAUUACUCAGUGAGAGAAUAACUGAGAAGAUACAGAAAUGCAGAUGUGUCGCUUAUUUUUUUACCUUGAACUCAAUAUUUUAGGUGUUUACACAGCGGCCCUCUUUUAGGGUGAUGCUCAGGAUGGCCAUGAUACGCUUGCCUCCUAUUUCAGGUUGUAGGUGUUAUAAAUGUAGCGUACCUGACAAUUGCUAAAAUUCCCUACUUAAGUAUGAAACUUGAGUAGACAGAAGACUGGCAGUGAAAACAUGGAGGGACAUAUUUAUCAGAACAAACACAGUAAAAAAAAAAACGCUAGCUCGUAACGUUAUCCAGGAAUCGGGUGACUGCUAAUGUUAGCUGUUACCUGAUGCUUGUUAUUGUAAUCAAAGCUGUUUCCUGCUGAUGUUUGUCCGUCCGCAUUUUUCACUUUCUUUUCAGUGUUGAAAAUCAAAUCAGUUUUCAAACCUAAACCCAGUGUUGUAAUCGAUAUUAGAGCCUGAAUAUUUGAACUUAUUAGAGGGCAACAACUUCAGUAAACUUCAAUAUAGAAUUAGUCAAAAUUUAAAAUGACAUCAGAUAGAACUAUUUUUUGAUUUUUAAAGAAAGCAUGAAGUAAUAUGGUAUUACAGGCAGCUCAUGUUUGGACGUUCAGUCAUUUCGCCUCAGAAAUUGUUCCCGAAGCAGCUCUAUAUCUCCACUCCAGCUGCCAGGGCAUGUGCUGCAUGACACGAAGUCCCCUUUUAAAGGCCCUCAGUGAGUGUUUUCCACUCUGGGGAACCUGAGUCUGUGGAGCAUGUGGAGGGCGUCAGAUUGUGAGUAAAUAUCACUUUCAGUCGCGCAGCAGGAUGAGCUCAUCCUCACCCCUGCCAGGUGAUAAUGACCCCUCACUCAUUUUUUUAGAGGGGUCAAACCAGCAUAGCAUGUCCAAAUUAGAAACAUGAUGCUGUGUGGACUUUACAGUAUGCAAAACACUCUGACUGUACAUAAACUGUCUCUCCCGACCCACUUAGCCUUCCUCUGUUCUUUGAUUUGUAGAGCUUAUUUAUAAAGAAGUGAGUGAAUGGGAGGAGUGGACAAAAAACGGCGUGAUAAGAGGCCAGCCGCCUCCUUUAGGUGAGUAAUCUUUGUAAUUUUAGAAGAUUAGAGAAGGUAGGAGUGACGAAUCAGUUUAGAUCAUGUGUAUUUCUGUUUGUUAAAGUAUAGAUAUCAGGUGAUGACAAUGUUGAUACAUGUACACAAAUAUAUAUUUGCUUAUCUGCUGGGUUUAUUUAGAUUUUGGUGGUUAAACUUUGGAUGGAUUUGGUUGAAAAGUUGAACUUCUUAGCUACAUCGAACCAUCUUAAACAGCAUGUCAGUAUUUUUAUGUGUGUGUGACGGAGUAUAAAACCCAAAAAUCUGAUAUUUCUGUGAAUACAUAUGAAAUGUAUGCUCAAAAGUUUUUCAUGUUUUGAAUGAGCUUUUUAUGCUUUUAUAAUUAGUUUGUCAUUAUUUUAUGCUUUAGAAUAAAUUUAAAGUAUUUUAAAGUUAUAUUUUAGAUUUUAUUUAGAGUUUGAAUGGCAGACAAGGCCUGGAAAUAAAAAAAUAAGUGGUUCUAACUUGUUGAAAAAAAUUGAAGAAUAAAUCAAAUUUACUUUUUCUAAUGCACUUCUGUUUUUAAAGAUGUCCAUUUCAUCAAGUAUGUCCAACUAAAUCUCAACAUUGAGUAUUUAAAUUUGGCAUCAUAUCUGAUUUUUGUGGCAUUAAAGUGAUUUAUUCUUUAAUUUUGACAUUACUUUGCUACAGACUCACCCCUUUUUAAAGCUCUACUGCACUUAAACACAAUGACACUAGAUUUAAACUGUGAUCUUUAAAAUCCGCCCUGUUGUAUCUUGUUUUUUAAGACGUUGCUUACAUCUGUAUGUGAUACUCGUCUCAUCAGAUCUGGACACUCCGUUGUGUAUGUCAAUGAAACCUAUGCUUUGACGUGUGUUUCUCGCAGCACAGGUGCAGCAGUGAUCGACAGCCCCCCUCAGCCCACGUCCUCCUCCUCGUCAGCCAACGAUGUCUCGUCCAUGUCCACAGAGCCCACUGACCCGAGCAGUGACCCCACCAUGACCUCAGAAACAGACAGCAGCUUGGACAGCCACACCUCUCUGGGUGCGCUGGCCUGCUGCAGAUAACGUACACAUAAAAUACACAUAACCACAUUUACGUACACAAACACACACACACAGAGCGAGAAAAAAAAAACAACAAACAAACCUGUCCUCAUCUGUGUGUGUGAUGGGAGACGGUUUCGGCCAAUGAAACUUCUCAUGUUAGUUUGUAGAGCUACGCUUUUAAUGUACAGUUUGUUUUUAUUUCCCCUCCCCCACUCUGCUGUAAAUGAUUGUGGUUUAAAUUGUAUCAUUAUUACUGUAUUUUUGCUGCAAAGAAUCAGAGUAUGUUUUGAUGUGAAACUGUGAUGUAUGUUUUGAAAGAGAAGGAUCUGAGUGAACUUUUACACAGUGCUGUUUUUUAGCUGCUGCUACACAGUGGAGACUCUCACUGUUAGCACUGCAAUAUUAUGUUGAUUAUAUUUUUGAAUUGUUCAUUUGUUGUACUUUUAGGGACAUCUGAAUGACACCAAUUUAACAAUAGACUAUAGCACAUCUCAUCUUUGAUCCAAAUGCAAAUGGAUGAUUUUAUUUUCAUAUUGUUCCUCAUCUUUCUUGUAGAAAGUGUCCCCUUGGUGUAUCCAAGAAAUUUCUUAGUAUUAUGUCACCUCUGAUUGUGUGCAUCCUGGCAAGCAGUCGAAUGGUCUAUUACCCUGACACUGAAUUUCUUAUUUUUUACUAUAACAUACUGUAAACUGACUGUAUUUAACUUUUUUUAUUUACUUGGAUGUAUUUUGUAGGUGAUGGUUUGUGGGGUGAGGAAGAACAGGGUGAAUGUAAGUGACUAGAAAUGUGGCUAAGUGAGGAGCCAACGAUGCUGAGAGAGCGCUGUAAAAGUAGGCCACACCACUGGCUAGGAUGAGUGCUGUGUUUGGGGGGAUGUCACCAGAGACUAAAGCUGCGUUUCCACCAAAAGUACCAGGAACUUUUGGUCCCAGGGGCGACUUUCAAGGGAUUACAAGCUUCCUCUAGCAAAAUACUGUUUGUUGUGUUAUCUAAAGGUCCCUGAAGAUUAGGCAAACUAUCGCGCUAUAGUGUAUAAAACAUUCACACAGUCUCAUGUAGUCACCCUUUGGUUCCUGAAAAAGAAUUGUGAUGCUGAACAAUGGCAACCGCCAUGUUAGAAAUGCUGACCUAGGCGAUGGCUACAAAGCGCCCGCCUCUGGCAACGUACCCAUGCCACAAGUGAGGCCUGAUUAUGCAAAACUCUUUGUCCUACUAACUUCAAAUUGAUGAUUUACAGAACAGUUCCCCCUCAGUCUAAUGUUCUAGGCCCUACAGGCUGAUAUCGUCCUUUCUACCAGACUGUAAAUGUUUCCUGAUUCUGAGGAACUGUCAGAGGAAUUGCCGUUUUCUGCACUCCAGCAUCGGUUUUAGUUCUCAAGACUGGAGGAUGGCAGUACUAUCCCUUAACAGGAACUUUUUUUCUUUAGAAAAGGGGGGUACAAUGAAGUCACUAAGAGUUCUAGAGUUUGAAGACCCUUGUCCCUGAGAUGGAAACCUCAGUACCUUGCAGGAACUUUGUCCCGGUCCCUGGUCAAAGUUUCUGCAGUGGAAAUGCAGCUCACGUCUGAAUGAGUCACUUUACCCUUUUGGCAGGUUCUUUCAGACAUAAUUCACACCAGUCUGAUGUUAAGAUAUUUAAUUUAAGUGCCCUUACUCAGUUCAGUGAUUUUUCAGUCCUCUUAUGUGGCAGAUGCCCCUCACUUCCCGUGGUGCGUCUUUUCUGAGUUCUACCUCACACCUGCACACGUUUUUUGACUAUACAGUUUGUAUGUCACGGCACACAUCAUUCAAAAGAAAUGCGAAAAAAACUCCAGUUAUUUUCUGUAUUUCUAAUUUAUUUAUUUAUUUAUUUAUUUCAAGCUAGGAGGCGUCUGUUGUAUGUAAUGUACAUUUCAUUCAGAAGUACUAUUUAUAUGCAGUUUGUUUAAUUUCUUUUUGUUUUCUGUGCAAUAUAAUUCUUAGAUUAGUAUAGCCAGUGAUUGAUCUGUACAUUUUACUGUAGAUGUUUGUAUAUUUUCUGAGAGUCAGGAAAAAAGGCAUUUGCUACCUGCCAUGAUAACCUUUGGAUGUAUUUGAUGGCUCAAAUUCCCAACCUGUCCCUUUUGCCCUUUUUCAUGGUCGGGCACUCUAGGCAGUAACCUCCCUGCCCCCCACCCCCCUAGCAUCAGCUCCCAGAAUGCACUUUGGGGAUUGUGACGCAUGUCCUGAACCCUUCCAGGGCUACAUCCCAAAUCAAUGUUGUGGCCCCCUCUUUUUGUGUUUUCCCUCUUUUCCAUCUUCUCCAAAAUAGACGAGAUAGAAUAGACUACGCAUGAGUUUUUUCUCUGAGAAAAUCUGGUUUUUAGUGCAGGUACAUUUAGAGGAAACAAAAGGAAAGCCAUUCAGCACUUCUGGGAUGACGCUGCAGUCUUCUGGUGGUUUGGACGAUCACUGACAGCACAGAGUUAGACCUGUUGUGGUGUGAUUUGUUAAGGCCAGUCGUGUAAAUUUUAGCCUUUGGAUCUGAAAUUGCCUCACUAACAGACUAAUUAUAUACAUCAGAAAUGGAAUCUGUCUACCUUCAACUCCAGCAAAUAAAAGAGUUGAAUUUUAAUGUCUCACAUUGUUGUUUCUUUGUCUACAACAUUUCUUUCACAAGUACAAGUUCUAGGGGAAUGAACAGGAUGUGUUUGGUACAUCAAUACCUCAGAUGUAUACCGUACCUUGCAUAAGUAUUCAACACCCUCAGUGUAAAAUAUUACAACCUGAAACUCGACUACACUUUGGCUCUUCCCCAUUUUUUAAACAACCAAAGGCAAUUCGUUGAACCUGAUUUUGAGGAUUUCAUAGAAGGAAAAGCAUUUUUAUAUUUCACAAUAUCAACAUCAGGAGCUGUUUUGUAUUGGUCCGUUACAUUCAAUCCUAAUCCUUUUUAUUUUGCAUUUGUGACGUACAAACAUAUGGGAAGGUCCAGUGAAUGUUGAUACAUAUGCAAGGCACUGUAUGUUUAGCUUAAUGCUUUCUCAAAGAGUAACCUAGUCAGUAAAUAGCCAGCUACAUGACCUAUGGUGCAUGACAGUAGUUAGGGAAUGGUAAAUUGAGGGGUAUUUGGUCCAGAGGAGCUCUUGUUUGGCACCAGCACUGCUCAGUGUAGGCACAAGACGGCUGUACUUAAGAGGACACGGUGGUAGGUUGUACUGCACUAGAGGUAUUUGGUCUUCAAAGCUUUGGGCCUGGCUGGUUGUCCCAGUAAUUAAGCUCCUCCUCCUCCUCCUUCUUUUGCUUCUUUAAUGGACCAGAUGAAGGCAGGGUGGUCUGGUCUAGUUGGUCCGUGUUGCCCCUGUAGUUAGAUCCCCGAGGGUUUUGAAGAACUCCUCCAUCUCUUGCUGGAGGAGAAGGUUUCGGUUUUCUGCAUCUUUAUGCGCCCGCUCCGAGUUCCUGAGCCGGAUCUCCAGCAUUUGAAACUUCUUUCUUUCUUGGUCCAGCUCCUCCUCGAGGUGGUUUACUUGGGACUGGUACUUGGAGCAGGACUCCUCCAACCUUACAGGAGAAAAAAUAAAGUUAGAAAUAAGUAAUACCAAUAACUUUUUUUCCCAUGUUAACAGGAAGGGAUUCAGUCUUACUUGCGAAUGCAGCUUUCGUAGCUCGUCUUCUGUUUCUUCAACUCCUGCUUGAGCUGGGUCAGCUUGUUUGCCAGACCUUCGUUCGUACCUGGGAGAUCAUCUUCAGUACCGCUUGCGCUGUGAUCCAGAGUACUCGAACUGUCCCUCACCUCUGUGGGUUUUUCUUGACCCUGCCCGGAUUUUACCGCUUUAUCACCUUCCCCCGGCUCAGCCAGCGAGAUCUCGAAGGACGUCCAGAUGGAGGAGGUGUCAGCAGGCAGACUCAGACUGGAGGGGGCCACGUUGUCGUAGGCAGACAGUCUGUGGGAUUGGAGGAGGGCUCUGUGGGCCAGGGAUGUCUGAGGGGAGUCUUCGUCAGAGUCCCUCUGAGAGUCCUUUAGGGAAAGAGUGGUCUCUUUAAGAGAGAGGGUGGAGUCCUUCAGAGACAGAGUGGAGUCUUUUAGUCUUUCACCUGAUGAGGUGGUGCGCCUGUGAGCCCGCAGAGAUGACAGGCCAUUCAUUAGCCAGUUGCUCCCGCCGGCUGCUGACACAUCCCCCGCCGACCCCCCAAUCUUCCCCCUUGGCCCUGUAGAUGCUGCACCACCCUUGAAAGAGGUCCUCCAGGAGGGCAGGGCUUUAGACUGCUUACUGGGGCUUACAGCAAGAUCACCUCCACCUUUCUCUUCACUUUUGCCGUCUUCUUUCCCAUCCACUUUCUCCUCCGUCUUACUUUUGCUCUUCUCUUCAAUCUCUUCAUCCUCGAUGUUCUCAGAUGUUGUAACAGGACUUGGUGCAGUUGGUUCAGUUGGUUUAGUGUCUGUAGGAGGGGUGGAGGUUUGGGGUUUCUCUUGGGAAGCACUGGAGGCUGUGCCUGAGGAGGGUGGGGUGUCAAUGUCGUGUUCUUGUGAGACCCAUUCCACUUUGCCCCGUUGGAGUUUACUGAGCUGCUGUUGGGGAACCUUUUUCUCCGUUUCAGCCUCCUCUUGUUGGUACAGUUCGGCGUGUUCACUGAUCAGCACAGUCAUCAGAUGCUGAACUUGUGAACUUCCUGUGUAAAGUCAUAAACAUGUUAUCGUAAACUGACUUGAUUCAUUGUUAAGUAACAACACUUGCAGUGAAAUCUGGGGGCCGUGAUCAAUGACUAAAGCUGAGUUUCCACCAAAAACACCCGGGGCUUUUAGUUCCAGAGGAAAAUUUUCAAGAGACCACAAGGUUUACCAAAUGUUGUCUAUCUUUCUACCAAGGUCUAAGGAUUAGUUGGCAGCUAAUGAGAGAAUAUUUUGCUCCUGUGAGUACUUGACCAAUCAAAGAGUUUAUGCACCACAAAGUUCCUCUUCUUCAUAAAGUACUACUACCCUGAGCAUGAACCUUUGGGGACUUAAAUAAAUUGACUUGAUUCGGACCAUUGUCUCCAGAUUUAAUGAUAAUUUAAGGAUUAAAUUUUCCCUCUAAAGUACCAAAAAGUAUUACCCCGUUGCAGGAACCUUCUGGGGAGGUAAACAAAGGGUUUAGUUCUGAUCCUGGUCUCUAGAUUCUAUGGAAACCAAGUUUAAACUCUAUGUUCCUGCAAUAAGUACCAAGAACUUUUAAUCUAAAGGGUUUCUUUUCAAGGGGUGAAAAGGUUCUUCUAGCCCUUGUUAGUAAAGCAUCUAGAUGCUCAAACUCUUUGUUGCAUAGUAAGUGUUCUUAAAGCUGGGGGAACCUUCUGGGGAGGUAAAUAACGGGUUUAGUUCUGAUCCUGGUCUCUAGAUUCUAUGGAAACCAAGUUUAAACUCUAUCUUCCUACUAUAAGUACCAAGAACCUUCACUCUAAGGAGUUUCUUUUUAAGGGAUGAAAAGGUUCUUCUAGCCCUUGUUUUCUGGUUUCUAUCUUUGUACAGCAAGUAGUAAGUGUUCUUAAAGCUGGGGGUACUCGACAAACCAAAAGCAUCCAGUCCUGUAAGUCCCUGUACUUUAAGAAAAUGCUUAUCAAGGAGCAGGGACCUUUUGGGGGUGAUUCCAAACUGCAUAAAACUGGAUGUAGACCCUGUUCCCUGGAGUGGAAAUGUACAGAGAACUUCCAACAGUUCCUGGUCCAUGGGGAGAGUUAUUGCAGUGGAAAUGCAGCUUUUUGUCUCAAAUUUAUCAGCAGAUACACAAACACUGACAUCAUCACCCACCCUCCAUCAUGGUAACCGGAUCCUCCACUCUCGGGCGAAGGAUAUUCGGUCCAAACACAGUAGCCAGAUUUUGGACGCUCAUCUUGUUCUCAUUGGAGUGUGACUGAACCUCAUCGAGAAACCUGAACAGACAGAUCCAACACAUUCAUGAGAGCUGGCUGCUGAAAAAUUGGAGGAAGUCUCUCGUUCCUUUGAUUCAGAAAAAAAAUCAAAUGAAUCGGAGGAGUGAGUCAUGGCUCUGGCUGGUGUGUGGGCUCAGCUGAUGAUAUUUAUAUAAAUGCAGACUUCAGUGAGAGACAACCUCCAGUUAUUCACACUCAGCCAGUCAAUGUGAUGUCACUUCCCCUGAUGGUGAGGGUGUGGGAGAAAUGAAUGUCAUUUGCCUCGUAUGACAGGGUGUCAAGUCCUCAGUCAUCAAACGGUGACAGGAAAGUAGCAGCAGGAAAUGGACACAACGAACCAGACGAGUGAGCUAAACAUUUUCAGAUACAGUCAGCUGACAAGAAGACAGAGUUUACUCACCUGCAGAUGUAUUUCAGGAGGUUAUAGUUGACCUGAGGAAGGGAUUUCACCUGUUUGCAAAGCUCUGAGAUACCCUAAAAACAAAACAAGAAGACAUUUUAUCUUGACUCAAAAGUUUGGAGAUAAAAACAGGAAAGUGUCUGUCAGGUUAACAUCUUAUUACCAUAGCUUUAUCCUUGGUGAGAAGCUGAGCACAGGAGAGAAACUGUGUGUAUUUGGAGAAUGGGAUUAUGGGCUCCGGUAGCUCCCGAAUAUACAGCUUUAACAGUGACGCCACUGUGUGGACAUCGGUGGUACUGUAAGAGACACAAGGUGGACAUGAAGAAUCCUCUAGAGUACUCGCUAGUAUACAAAUACAGCUUAGUACAGUUAUCGAUUAAUGCUCGUGUCAGUGUGUCACCUGUCAAAUACUGGCUUCUCGCCUCGGUCAAACGCAUCCUGCAGCUCUCGGACGUGAUUGGUCUGUCCAGGGGCUCUGAAGAGUCCCUCCUCCUCGAGUCCGUGGUCCCGAAUGAAGCAGACACACUGUUCGACCAGCAGUGGGACCUGUCGCUGAGUGCCACACUGGGCCUCGUACGACAUCGUCUCCUCAAGGUGCUGCCCAAAGACCCCUGCAGAUACCCAACACAGAAAAAUGACAUUAUAAUUACAUGACAUUAUACAUUUUCCCUGAUUAAAGAAGUAUUCAUUGUUCCAGAGUAAGUAUCAAAAAUGGUUAUUAUACCAUCUACAAUCAGUAACCUGAUACCAUGAUAAAUAAGCCACCUAUAAAUGAUCAGCCUCUUGCUUUUGUCCAAGAUAGUCGCCUACACACAAUAAUAAAUGGCUUCAAGUAGCUCCUAUUGUUUUAGAGCAAACGAGAACUAAUUUUAGAUCAAAUUUCUGGUGAUAAUAACCAACAACAGAGCAGGAGUAGAAGACUUUUACAUGUAGUUAAAAGGCUCGAAAUGCAACAAAAGUGAUUCAGGGGUGCUAUCUACUAAUAUCCCACGUUUAUGUAUCAAAAUCUGCACAAGGUAAGACAAUUUACUGGGAUAUUGCUUCAUUAUUCGCUAAAUAACAUUUGAAACUGCCAUGUGUAGACAUCUGUGUGUGAAAAGGACUCGCACCUCCUC